GUACUUUAUGAUAAUAUAUAAACAGUAAAGAUAAUAGUUAGUCAAUUAAGUAAAGAGUAAGGAUAACUAUGAAAAAAGAGUACCAAAAAAUACUUAACCUCAUCUUCUUCCAACUUCACAAGUCUUCAGAUUUUGGAGCUCUCUUCUUCUGAUUUUCACAAACACGAUGCGAGUAUGAGAUGAUGAUGAUGAUGAAACGAUGGAGGAAGCAAGAUGGGAGCAGAGAAUCCAAGCCCUAACCCACGUUCUAACAAGCCCCACGAUCAACCCAUCUCUCCACUCUCAGUUCUUCAUCUCCACACAGGUCCCCUGCUACCUCAACUGGGACUACCCUCCUAUUCUCUGCAACAAAGACCAGAGGAACCCCUUCCCUUCUCUGCAUCUAAAAUGGGGCCUCUCUCUCUUCUGGAAGAGGGUCUCUAGGUUUGGGUUUCCCGAGACAUCCUGGCGGUCUAAGUGCCCCUUUCAGCAGCCCCAGCCACUGAUCUUAGCCAAAGGCGUUGAAGUUUCUCCUUCCAUGUGGGGUGAAGAACAGAGGAGAGAGUAUUUCAGGAAGAGAUUAAGAAGAAAACGCCUGGGCAGUAAUAUUCACCCAUUAAUUCCUAUUGUGAUUCCAAAUGUUUUGUUGUUUUCUCUUUUGCUUUGGAAUCCCUUUCCCCUUGAUGAAUCCUGAACCACUCAUCUUCAUGUACGUUGAAGCCUAAUCCAUGAAAAGGCAUAUUUUGCAAUUGAUUUAAUUCUUGAGCUAGUUAUUUUAGUGCGUAUAAGAUCAGUUGAUCUC